GGCCGACAUCCCCUCCCUGGCACCUGCUGCUCAUCACCCUUUUCCUCGUAUCCCAUUCUGGGGGAAACAGAGAUCGCUUCUUGCUUUCCUGCCUCUCGCUUCGCUUCCUUCGCGUCCCAUUCUCUCCUUCGUUCCCUUUCUUCCUUUCCCCCCUUCCCCCUUCUCGACUGCCCGUGCCCCCGUGUCCCAUAUCUUUGCGACAGGUCGGUAUCAAUAUCACCAACAGCCUAGACCUUCGAGAACAAAACGUCCCGCUGCUUGUACCAUCGGCUUGAGACCACAAACCACUGGACGAACUGCACCUGGUUCAACUUGACCACUGGUCACCUCGGCUUGUCUGUCGUCUUUUUGAUACCCUCGUCUCGCCUCUUCUCAGAACGCUCUUUUCGUCUUUCGACUUCUUUCUGGCUGCUGCGCCUUCUUUGUUGCCCACCAAACCCCAGGGACUAAAACCGGACGCCCGCCCUUCGCUAGUGUCCUGUUUCUAAAGAAAGCCUACCUGACGGAUGCUCAAGCCUGUUUACCCAUUCCCACCAGUGCCGCCCUGAAAGUCGACGACACUCACCCACCUGAUCCACACCGAACUACCAUCUCCGAUCGCCUUCUUGCCAUCUCCAGCUCUCUCGCCUCGAAAGCCCCGUUAUAUGCGCGGCUGCUGGCAUUAUCGGCACCCUCACCACCACGACCUGUUAGCCGACCUCUACGCGACAUCCUCUUAGGAGUCUAGACUGACGCCAUACCCGAUCCUUCGGCUAAGACUCGACUUGUACCGUCAGCAUUCCAACCACCAACCACUUCUCGGGCCCGCCCAAUUGUCCAUUUGCCCAGGUCUCGCCUUCCCCAACUCAACAAAGUCCUCCAAACGACAAUUGACAUCGCGUGUUGUAUGGGAACUUAAAUCGAGAAGCGCUCGAAGCCCCGACCGACCAUGUCGCCCCAACGCCCCAACUUCAUCGACCUUCGGGCGCCUUCAAGCAUGUCCAACGUAUCGAGACCUUUACGAUCCCCGAGACUCCACGUUGCCGGCGAGGCACCUCCCGAAUUGUCGCCGCUUGAUGCUUUCGCUUUACAGAGUCGCCUGCUUGCGAGGCAGCUCCAAGCUGCCGCCAACGGCGAAGGGAGGCGCAUGAGCCGGCUACCGCCUUUGACUACAGAGAGCCCCUUGGUUGUCCAGGGCCGAUCAGAAUACUUCCGAUCCAUGUAUGAUUCGGGAGCAGAGGAGGCCGCUCUACCUGAACUCCAGAACCCUGGACUGGGAUUGAGAACCGAGGUGGAGGACGCCUUUCCGUCCGAGAAAGACCGACCCGUGUCGGUGCAUCCUCGAAUGAGUCGAAUUCCGCCUACCCCCGACGAAGGUAUCCCUCUACCAACGCAACCGUUGCCCGGCGUGAUGCGUGGGCGACCAUUGGAUUCGAUGGAGGAAGGCCAAAAUGAGACCUACUUCGGCGCCAGAAGAGAACAGUCCCCAGCACCCAUGGAACAUGCACCUACCGACUCGUAUUCGCAGGCCUCACCCCCGAGAAAGGACCGAUCAUUGCAUAUGCCUUCGCCUGCACGAUCGCGUGAGAAUUCGCUGACUGGAUCACCCGGCAAGUCGCUCAAGGGCCACUCAAUUGAUGGACCAGGAUUGGCGCCUCCGCGACCCAGUUUCGGUGCGCGAUCAACCACGUCCAUGUCUUCGCCGCUCGACAACUCGACCGACGACAUAAGCAACUCGAUUCAGUCCCUACCCCCACGAAAGCUUUCCAGCUGUAGCGCUUAUGCGGCGUCUACGAUGUCCCCAAGCCUCAAUCCAGGUCCUUUCCAACGCUCGCCAUCUGUAUGCUCAGAUGCCUCGAUGCCACUACCACGACCAUCCUUCAACUUCUCGAGACCCAUGAGUCGCGCCGGCACUCCUGGGCUGGAAACCCCAACACGUCAGGCAUCAUCCGACAGCCAACCAUCUUUCAUGUUUGCAAAUGAUGAUUCGGCUCACACCCCAGUGAGUAUGAACAGCGAGGGCUUCCCCGAUCACCUGCCGGACGAUGGUAAAGCCGCCCCUUCAUACAUCUACUCCAAGUACUCUCUUCCUCGAGGCAAGAUUGUCCAAAGAUCAGUCCCUCUGGAUCCUCAUCCUCAAGCACUCAUCCAACAUGAUCAGCCCAAGACAAUCCCGAGCAUUGUGCAGGCCAUUCAACACGGCGCCCCUCCUUCACCUCCGACUCGGCCGUCUAGCUCGGCAGAGCCUGAUGGCCUUAGCUUGGCUAAACCAUCAUUUGAUCAUGGAAGCCAAAGUAUGGACCGAGGUGGUCCAGUGCCGCAGCCGCCUCCCGACACCGGUCGUCCGUCUACCGAGAGCCGGCCCUCAGAGGAGGAGUCAAGGGGCCGGGCUCUCACCUCUCCAGUGCACGAAGCUGCUGCCCGAGGGCAGACUGCCAUGUCAACGGCCACCAGUGACUCCAAUAGCACGGUCAGGGCGCCGCGCUCCUUAGCCUCAGGCGCUCCAACCGCAUCUGACAUGACCCCGGAGGAACAUUUGGCUAAGGGUAUCGAGUGCCACGAGAACGGCUCGGUAAAGGAGUCGACUUACCACCUUCGACAUGCCGCUAAGGGAGGCAACCCGACAGGUAUGCUUCUGUAUGCGUUGGCAUGCAGACAUGGCUGGGGCAUGCGGCCCAACCAACGAGAGGGCGUCGAGUGGCUGAGAAAGGCUGCCGAAUGCGCCAGUCUUGAAAUUGCCGAUGACGAGGACCAUGUCAAGGAAGGCAAGUUUGUUGAUGCCAUGGAGAGACGAACUCGUAAGGCGCAGUUCGCUCUGAGCAUUUACGAGCUUGGCGUUAGCCACAUGAAUGGCUGGGGUAUUGAGCAGGACAAGGCUCUCGCGUUGAGAUGCUUUGAGAUUGCCGGGUCCUGGGGUGAUGUUGAUGCUCUGGCCGAAGCCGGCUUUUGCUAUGCCCAAGGUGUUGGGUGCAAGAAGAACCUCAAAAAGGCAGCUGGCUUCUACAGACAGGCCGAGGCCAAAGGGAUGAACAUGGUUGGCAACAGCUGGAUUCAUAAGUCCAAGUACAACGAGGAGGACAGUAGCACCAAGAAGCCUCGUAGCAAGUCUAGGACACGCACCAUGUUUGGCAUCAAGACUGGCUAGCGUUGUCUUUUUGAAGUUCUUUCGGCACGGAGCGUCUAGCGGCAUUUCACGGAUCAUGACCACUGCAUCAACACAUCACCUUCAUACCCUGCAUCUUCGGAGUUCUGGGAGGCUGGCUCAGAGGAGGGCGGCUUGUUUUUACUGAUUAUUUAACUCCAAUGACGUGGAAUUGUGACGGGGGGUUUUUUUUUCUGGGCGGGUGAAGGGGGGCUUUUCCCCCCGGCAUUCAGCAAGGAUCGCAGAAAAGAUGACUAGGGGGAUGGUGCGGCUGUCCCGUUUACCCCUUGCAAGGGAUAAGCGGCGAUAGGUUUGCGCCAAGGGGGGUCAGGUAGUGAUGAUCCCCUAUCGUGUGUACAGACCUUGGCUGAACAUACACUGGAUUCCUAUGUAUAUACCACUUUUUGUCUUUUGGGAAGAGAGCAACGCCCUGCUCCUUUAUUAGGGUUUUCUUUUGUUAUACAUAAAAGCAAGAUUUUGCUCGCCCAAAUGCGGCAGCAAUGAUGGAACCUAUCUUCUAACACUAACUAAAUAUCCAUUUCUGCCAAUCUACAAUACUGUUAGCAUCUCAUGGCAACAAUCAACCAUCUUGAUCAAAAAUGGGAUCUCGUGUUUGCAGCCACACUGCCUAAAACGGGGGUCGGCCUCGUCGUUGGUAUGUAUCAUGGGCCAUAAGUCUUGGGUUGGUGGCUUGUAGUCUUGUCGCCUUGUGCCUUUAGUCUUCAGGUAGAGGAGUGGCUUGCAUCAAUCCCAUCUAUUGCCAUCAUUGUAUUGGUACAAAUUUUCCCAGUUCGGGAGUACUUGAUUAGCAUCCCGUUGGAGGCCCCCCCCCCCCCCCCCCCCC